AAAAAAUUCACUGUUCUUUUUUUGGUGUUUUGUGAGUUCUUUAGAGGAAUUUCGAUUCCUUUUUCGUGUUUUGAAAAAUUUAAGACACUAUAGAACACGACGGAUAAGAAUUGAAGCGUUUUGUUUGGAUUUGGAGGGGUUAGUUUGUUCGUUUUGUGGGGAUUUUCGGAGUCUUCUGGAUGCUUUCAGCGUUGGAAGAAGAAAACGGAGACACCUGUGAGGUAAAGAGUUCGCGAAUUCCUGGACUGUGAGUCUGUGACUUUGUGAGAGUCUUUAAAGGGAACAGCCUGGGGUUAUGAUCCUCAGGAUAGAAAUAAGGUUUAAUUGUUUGGAGAAUCAUCGGAAAAGUUGUUUCAGUUCUGUGUUACCUUCAUUGUUUUUGGGGGUUUGGGGAUGAGGAAUGAUGGGCAGAAGCCUCAGGGAGGAGUGCCCAGGCCUGGCCGGAACAAUGGGUUGGUCAAUUCUUCGUUUCGUGCUCUUUCGAGUUAUCUGAAGAUUGUCCAGUCUGGUGCUUCAACCGUUGUGAGGUCUGCCGUGUCGGCUGCUUCUACGAUUGCGGAUAGGGAUAGUGAUAACAGCCAUGAUCAGGUGCACUGGGCUGGGUUCGACAAGUUAGAAUGUGAGGGAGACAUCACUCGGCAAGUGCUCUUGCUGGGUUAUCGGCAUGGUUUCCAGGUUUGGGAUGUUGAAGAAGCAGAUAAUGUGCGGGACCUAGUUUCUAGGCACGAUGGUCCUGUUUCAUUCUUGCAAAUGUUACCAAGACCAAUUGCAUCAACACAAUCUGGAGAUAAGUUUGCAGACAGUCGUCCAUUGCUGGUAAUUUGUGCAGAUGGAUCUUUUUCUGGAGGUGGUAACACUCAGGAGGGUCUGGCCACAGCUUGCAAUGGGAGCAUCCAAAAUUGCCAUGAUUCAUUGAAUGCUGCUUUUGUGCCUACUGCAGUUUGGUUUUAUUCCUUGAAAUCUCAAUCUUAUGUGCAUGUGCUAAAGUUCAGAUCAGUUGUUCAUCUGGUAAGGUGCAGCUCUCGAGUUGUUGCCGUUUUACAAUCGGCUCAGAUCCACUGUUUUGAUGCUGCAACUUUAGAGAGGGAGUACACUAUUCUUACUAAUCCUAUAGCUCCUGGUUCUUCUGGAUAUGGAAGUAUAGGCUUUGGACCUCUUGCAGUAGGCCCUAGGUGGAUGGCUUAUAGUGGAAGUCUAGUAGCAGUCUCAAAUUCUGGACGUGUCACUCCACAACAUCUUACACCAUCUGUGAGUUUCCCUGGUCCCGUUUCAAACGGGAGCCUGGUUGCACACUAUGCAAAAGAAUCAAGCAAGCAACUUGCUGCUGGGAUUGUCACCCUAGGGGACAUGGGAUAUAAGAAGCUCUCCAGGUACUACUCCGAGCUUUUACCAGAUGGCAACAAUUCGCUGCAGUUGGGGAUUCCUCGCUUGAAAGCCCAAGGAGUUCCUAUCGGCCAUUUGCCUGAUGCAGAUAAUAUUGGAAUGGUCAUUGUUAGAGAUAUUAUCAGCAAAUCUGUUAUUGCCCAGUUUAGAGCACAUAAGAGUCCUAUUUUAUCGUUAUGCUUUGAUCCCACUGGGACCCUUCUGGUGACAGCUUCGGUUCAGGGUCAUAACUUCAAUGUUUUUGGAAUAAUGCCUGGAGCGUCUGGAAAUUCCUAUGGUUGUGAUUCGGGUGCAUCUUAUGUCCAUCUUUAUAGGCUGCAACGAGGUUUUACAAAUGCAGUUAUACAGGACAUCAGUUUCAGUAAAGACAGCCACUGGAUUAUGAUUAGUUCCUCUAGAGGGACAAGUCAUCUGUUUGCUAUAUCUGCUUCAGGUGGAUCAGUUAAUUUUCAGGGUGGCGAUGCUUGUUCUGGUGACAGGAACAGUGUAUCUGGUGUGACGCCAAAGCCUACAGUUUGUGGGCCACCAGAUUCAGGCUUACAGAUGUGUAAUCAACAAAGCCUCUGUACAUCUGGCCCUCCAAUUACUCUUUCUGCUGUAAGCAGAAUAAGGAGUGGAAAUAACAGUUGGAAAAGCACUGUAACUGGUGCUGCUGCGACUGCUGCGGGUAGGUUCAGUACCCCCUCUGGGGCUUUUGCUUCGGCUUUCCACAGCUGCAGAGGCAAUGAUUUGUUUGUGGAUACCAGCUCUCUGAAGGCAAACUAUCAUCUGCUGAUUUUCUCUCCUCCUGGUUGUAUUGUACAAUAUGCACUGCGUGUAUCUUCUGGACAAGAUUCUGUUCCCGCUGUGCCUGUAUUAAGUGCUGCUUAUGAAUCAGAUCUGGAAUGUGAUACAAGAUUAGUCAUUGAGGGAAUCCAGAAGUGGAAUAUUUGUCCGAAGCAGAAUCGUAGAGAGCGAGAAGAUAAUAUUGAUAUAUACGGGGAAAAUGGAAAUACAGACAGCAGUAAAGUAUUUCCUGAAGGGACUAAAAAGGAAAAUAGAGUUUACCCUGUGGCUAUGGCAGAAAAAAAGAUCAGUCCCGAGGAAAAACAACAUAUGUAUAUAUCUGAAGCUGAGCUGCAAAUGCAUCAAGCCUGGAUUCCAUUGUGGGCAAAGCCAAAGAUGUACUUCCAGUCUCUGGUGACUGAUGGCAUCAAAGUAGGUGAAGAAGAUGCUUCAGGAGGAGAAAUUGAGAUCGAAAGAAUCCCUACUCGCAUGAUCGAAGCGAGGUCAAAAGAUUUAGUUCCCGUGUUUGAUUAUCUUAGAGCUCCCCCUUUCCGACAAACCAGGACUCCUGCUUUGGAUGGGACUAAUAAUGGGCGACCGCUGCAUCAGAGAUCUAAGCUGUCUGAAAAUGGCAGGCUUACACGCAGGAGCAGCAGUGACUCUCUUGAUGGCACUUCUGAUGGUGGCGUCACCGGUGCUGAACUUCACAACAGUAUUGAAGAAACUGGCUGGCAUGGUCUUCUGAUGCCAACAGAAACAACCAAGGGCUCUGUAACUAAUAGUGACAGCCUUAAAUAG